AUGAGCGCAAAACCUGAAGUUCCCGACGCAUGGGAUGCCGAGUGGGAGUCCCAAGCAGACACACUAGGAAAUGGUCCUACCCCGCCGACCGAAAAGAAAGUCUCGUCUAAAGUCAGCAAAGCCCAGCGAAGAGCCCAGCAGGCUGAAUUUAACCGGCAACUAUGGGCUGAAGCUGAAACCCCGCAAACCUUCCACUACGUCGAAGCUCGUUCCGAAGUACCCCUCAAACAGGACUUCAAGCCAGCUGUCACACUUCUUAGCCGGAGGCCGCAGAAUUCAAACCGGCAGUCAUCUUCGAACGGUGUGGAUGCUGCCUCAGCCGGAGUUAGCCAACUGGGCAUCAACGGAUAUGAAGAUGAUUCCGACGAGGAUGCCAGCAGGGCCCCUGAACCAACACUAGAGGAGCGACAGGCUAUAGCGCGGAAGAACCGAGAGGAAAAGCAGCGCAAGUACGAAGAAGUCCGCGAACGCCUAUUCGGUAGCCCGUCUGCAAAUACGUCCGGUAACACAUCGCCCGGAACUACAACCCCGCCUCGUCAGAACCAACCAGGAGAGGGUAGAGGGAAAGGCAAAGGCCGCGGUGGUGGCAGAGAAUAUCAGAAGAGAGAUUCUUCGUCAGCUUCGAGCAUGUCGAGCAUGUCGAGACAUCUCUACGAUCCGUCUACUGCGGUCAAAUCAGGCGGAGCGCCUUUACAAAGACGAGAUCGACCUGCGGAUGGGGGUGAUGCCGAUAGGCAAAGCUCCCCUGCUCCACAACAGCCGAUUCGUAGCCCCCGAGGCCCUGAUGCUAGUGGAAGAGGUGGUUUCAGAUUUAACAGGGGUGCACAUGCGAGCUGA